ACUUUUUAUAAAAAUUAGUACGAUAUUGACUCAAAUACAAUAACUGCACGAUGGCUCAGUUUUGUCCUGAUGAACACGGUGCCACAACCACUUUAUUAGACUACGCAAAUCGAUUAAAUAAAGAAAAAUUUGAUUCACAAUUAGCUCUCAGAAGAGACCGGCUUGGAGAUGAAAAAUUAUUUCUACGAAGACUCCAUUUGGAACGGAGGGAGGCCGAGUUGGAAGAAGCAGUCGUCAGGUCCCAAGAGAUGAAAGUUUUAGCAGCCGAGCAAUGUAGACAAGAAGAAAGUCUAGCUCGUGAAGUAGCCAGAAUGAAACAGGAGGAAAUUCUGGAAAAAAAACGCAGACAACUAGUUCGAGAGAGUAGUUAUGAAAUUAAAGCUCUCGAAGAAAAGUUAAGAGCUGCUUAUUGUGUUAAAGUGCAGCAGUCACAAAUUGCUGAAAAGGAAGCACAACGACUAAAAAAUAAAGAAGAUGAGAAGCGUUUAUACCAGCAAUUAGAAAUGGCUCGCAUGAAGGAAGAAGAUUUUCUGAAGCACAAAGAACAAGAGGAUUCCAAAAAGAAACAAGAUUACAAACGUGAACUGCAAGAGCAGAUCAUAACGUCACACCAAAUGAAACUUUGUAUGUACGAAGAGUAUUUAAGAGAGAAAAAGAUGAUCGAUGAUGUUGUCCAGAGAUUGCAUGACGAGGACAUGAGAGAGUUGGAAUUGAAAAUGGAGAAAAAGAAUCGAACAAGACGCGAAAUGGAGGAGUUUAAAUGUGCUCAAGAAUUGUGGAGGAAACGUGAAAGGGAAUACUUGGAGGAGGAGCAAAGAAAGGUUGCUCGAGAAGCUGCCAGGACUCAAGAUAAUGAGAAAGAAAGGAAAGCACGUUGGAAAGAAAAAGAAGCAGCCAAGGAGCGUGUACAAGCUUACAUCAUGAACAACAUGAAACAAGAACAAAAACGUAAAGAGGAUCUACAAAACAUGCUGGAAGAAUUAGCAGCUGAAGAAAUGAAACAAAAUAACGACGAUGAAGAAAAAAGAGAAAUUGAGAUGGAAUUAAGAAAACGACUCAAGAUGAGACAGGAUCUCGAUGAGCAGAGAUAUUAUAAAAUGUUGAAUUUGAAGAGACAAGAAGAAGAGGAUGCAUCAUACAGGAGACAGGAGUUGGAGCGUUUAGCAGAGAUGGCCAAAUUGGAUCAAUUAUCCGAUGCCAAGCGAAGGAUGAAAAGAUUGGAGCAUGGUCGAGCAGUCGAAGCAAUGAUAGAAGACAGGAGGAGGAGACGAGCUGAAGAAAUGGCUCAGCUGGUGGAGAGCCAUAAGCAGGAGCAGGACCGAGAAAAGAUCAAGCAAAGGAUGAUAGAAGAAGAACGUAUCAAACUUCUGAAAGAGCAUGCACAGAAUUUAGCAGGUUAUUUGCCACCUGGUCUUUUAAAACCGGAAGACAAAGAGAUUUUAGGAGAGUUAUUAGUGUGUUCAACAAACAAGAACUGA